CCUUGGUUCUCCAGACCAGACUGAUGCAAGUGACGGGCGGGAUGAGCCGCAUCAACAUCGAAUGUGGGGAAGGAUUCGCUGGAUCGCAUCUCGUAUCUCUGAAUCCAAUCCCCGUCGAUACCUCUCCAGACCAGCUUCUGGUACACAAAUUAGGAGCAAGCAUGUAAGAUUGAAAGGAUCUUGAGGCCGAGUCUACAUUGCUUUCUUGCAGCAAGACUUUCCGCCACAAUGUCAUCCUUCCAACCUUCACAAGACGGGAUGGCAGCUCCAGUCCUACCCAUCACCGUCCGGUUCACGACCUCGAUUCCCGACCUCCCACUGGAUAUACCUACCGCAGACUCUACAACCGUCAUAGCACUGAAGCACCUCAUCCGCUCCAAGCUCGAACCCCCCACAUCCAAGCACCGCUACCGCCUAAUCCACAGCGGCAAGCUCCUCAAAGACGACGACAUCCUCUCCACCGUCCUCAAGAUCCCCUCCCCUCCCCCACGAACCCCCGACCCUAAAGGAAAAGGCAAAGCCAUUGAACCUGCCCCGCCGCGAGUCUACAUCAACUGCUCCAUUGGCGACAUUCUCACUUCCGCCGAGCUCUCCGCGGAAGCUCUAGCCGCAGCAGCAUCUACGAACAAGAGCAAGAAACGCACACCGAGCGAAGGCAGAGAUGCCGAACUCGUACAGCCGAAAAAUACAACGCCGGCUCCGAGGGGCUUUGAGCGGUUGUUGCAGGGUGGGUUUACAGCUGCGGAGGUAAAUCAGCUACGGUUACAGUUUCGCUCUAUUCAGUCUAAUAUACAUACUCCGGAUACGAUGCCCUCUCCGAAUACGUUGUUAAGGAUGGAAGAUGCAUGGAUAGAUGAUAAUGGCGGGACAACGGGGACUGGUGGAUCUGGUCCUGGAUUUGACUUUGGAGAUUCGGAUGGGCUGGGAGGAGGGGCAUUGGAUGAUCUGUUAUGGGGGAAUAUCAUGGGGUUCUUGUGGCCGUUGGGAUGUGUCGGGUGGUUGAUCAGAGAAGAAGGGGUGUGGUCAAGGAGAAGACGGAUUGCGGUCUUCACGGGCUUCGUGCUGAGCCUUUCAUUCGGGAUGCUGAGGGUUAUGUCAUGAACGUGUAAGAAAUAUUGCAUGGUCGGCGUUGAAAGGGUUUGCAGGGACCAACUUUGAUACCCCGAGAUUUAGUGCAUUCGAUGGAAAGCAAAUCGUACUUUCACAGCUUGAUAAUUUCUAGACCGGGACAGACAUUGUGUGAAGAAUAUGCCGGUGGCG